UUUUGUCCUUCUCCAGGUGGAGCUUGUGGUUAUGGAAACCUAUACACGGACGGUUACAAGACAAACACUGCGGCAUUGAGCACCGCACUGUUCAAUGACGGUAAGUCAUGUGGUGGCUAUUACCAGAUUGUCUGCGACGCGAGCAAAGUGCCACAAUGGUGUCUUAAAGGCAGAUACAUUACAAUCACAGCCACAAACUUCUGUCCACCAAACUUUGCUCAGGCAAGCGACAAUGGAGGAUGGUGCAACCCACCAAGACCUCACUUCGAUAUGGCUCAACCUGCCUUUCUCACCAUCGCUAAGUACAAAGCUGGAAUCGUCCCCAUCCUCUAUAGAAGGGUUGGAUGCAGAAGAGGUGGAGGGAUGAGAUUCACCAUGAACGGUAGGGACUAUUUCGAGCUAGUCCUCAUCUCAAACGUAGGAGGAGCUGGUGAGAUCUCUAAAGUUUGGAUUAAAGGUUCUAGGAGCAACAAGUGGAAGACAAUGUCAAGAAAUUGGGGAGCUAACUCGCAAAGCAACACUUACCUCAACGGUCAAUCUCUCUCUUUCAAAGUUCAGCUUAGCAAUGGAAGAACCAAAGUAGCUCUCAAUGUUGUUCCUUCGAAUUGGCGGUUUGGUCAGAGUUUCAAGAGCAACAUCCAAUUCUGAUAUCAAUA